UGUACGGCUAGCUCAAAAACAUCGACACCAAGUUGCAACUCGAAGAGCACAGUCGAUUGUGGCACGGGGUAUUGUUACACAGCAACCUACACCCAGAAGGAUGGCACAACAGUGGUUGACAGAAACUGUAACAACCCUCUGGACAGUUACUGCCCCAACGCAGCAAAAACAUGCGAUGCAAAGACCCAAGCAGCGGGCCUGAAAUCCUGCCGUGGUGCAUGUUGUACCACAGAUAAUUGCAACGAUUACACCCUCGGUAACAGUGCAAGUGUUGUUAUGGUGACCAAGUUCAUUCUUUGUUCUCUGUAUACAUAAAUAUAUGUAUAUAUACAUAUAUAUAUAUAUAUAUAUAUAUAUAUAUAUAUAUAUAUAUAUAUAUAUAUAUAUAUAUAUAUAUAUAUAUAUAUAUAUAUAUAUAUAAUUAAUUAAAGUUCUCCGGAUUGAAAUAUACUUUUAUUGAGCUUUCGACUCGGUACUUCCAACCUUCCUCAGAAUACUGAGAUUAAAAUUUUAAUCUCAGUAUUCUGAAGAAGGCUCGAAGUACCGAGUCGAAAGCUCAAUAAAAGUAUAUUUCAAUCCGGAGAACUUUAAUUAAUUAUAAUAUGCCUGGAUUACAAAUUUUUAAAUUCAACUUUUCCUGUUCACUAAAAAAUACUUACCUACGGUGAUUAACAUAUAUAUAUAUAUAUAUAUAUAUAUAUAUAUAUAUAUAUAUAUAUAUAUAUAUAUAUAUAUAUAUAUAUAUAUAUAUAUAUAUAUAUAUACUGGAUGUCUAAAAAAAACUUGCGUUGUUUGAUUUCAUAAAAGCUAUUACACUCUUUGAUAUGUAGCCCUAAAAAUAACAUUUACUAUUACGUGAGAUACAAAUGUUUGAAUUUGGCGCACGCUUUAAAAAUGAGUAAGAAAAUCAAGAAACAUGGCUAAUCAAAUUUAUAUGAAAACAAUUGCAAUUUUUCACAAAACUUAACAAUUUAAAUUUUAGCAUUUUAACUCAACUUUAAGUUCGGGUAAUGUCCUUGUAUACCUUUCCUGUUUCUUAGGAAGAAAAAUAAGCAUGAAAAUUUAAAAACGUUUGAAAUCAUAUUUGACGUCCUUUGAGAGUUCGUAUUAUAAAGUUGAUUGUCGUUCGCCUUUCGAAUAUGCCUCGAUUAACAAAAGAUUAGAGAAUUUCGGUUUUAUAGUUGCUCGUGCCAUUUUCCCGUUUUACGUGCCAAGACAUUGUAUACGUGAAAAAGGAAAUACUUUCUAUGAUGAAUGAAUAAAUGUUUAUCCAACAAUUAUGUUUUUCACCCGUUCUUUUGGCCACAAUAAAGUUAUAUAGUGAACUUUAACCAAAUAAUAUUUGAUAAGCAAUUUUAUGCAAAUUUGUAACAUUGUCAGAUAUGCUAACUCGAUUUAAAACAACUGUAGCUCAGUAAAUAUUGCACGGAUAUUUGCACGGAUAUUCAAAUGUUAUAUAUCAAUAUAUAUAUCAAUAUAUAUAUAUAUAUAUAUAUAUAUAUAUAUAUAUAUAUAUAUAUAUAUAUAUAUAUAUAUAUAUAUAUAUAUAUAUAUCUAUAUAUAUAUAUAUAUUAAGAUGAAAUGUUCUCGAGUGUGUAUUAUAUAAUUUCCAUACCCAGCGUAAGCAGAAAGAUAAAGUCUGCCGCGGCUGGGUCUUGAACCCGCGACCUUCGAAUUACUAGAUCGACUCUCUACCAACUGAGCUGCACGGUCAGACGGAUUUAAGACUGGAAAUUAUGAAAUAUAUACUGAAUGUAUACAUUUAGUUAACGCAAACAAUACACUCCCACAAUUCGAUUAGGUAUAUUUCCGCGUAAACAACGCAAACAAUCGUUUGAAUGCAUGCUUUGUUUCACCCACCCACACACACCCACGUUUCGGCAAAACACAUAUAAGCAGCCCUAUUUUUGAAACUUGUCAUACCGCUUGAUGAUUCUUUACUGAUGAAACAGACUGUUGCGGAAUUUUGAGGUAAGCGAAAUUCUGCAUUUGCUCUAUCUUUAUGACACUGAGCACUCUUUGCGUUUCGCAUAUAUAUAUAUAUAUAUAUAUAUAUAUUAUAUAUAUAUAUAUAUAUAUAUAUAUAUAUAUAUAUAUAUAUAUAUAUAUAUAUAUAUAUAUAUAUAUAUAUAUAUAUAUAUAUAUAUAUAUAUAUAUAUAUAUAUAUAUAAUUAAUUAAUUCUUGUUGUCCGUAAUUGAACGAAGAGUGCUCAAUACCAAUAUACGAUAGAGCUUAAAUAAUUCUUUAAUCUUAAAAUAUAUUUGUCGCUACACUGUGUUUCACGCUUCUUUCGAAGCGAUCUUCAGGCGAAUGAAGUUGAUUCAAUGACGUGCUAUAAACUAACGGUUUGCUGACGCAUCUCGCGUGCGUUCAAAUUUGCGCGCGCUAAAACUAUUUCUAUGACAGCAUUUCGCGAAUAUUUUUGAGCGUUUAUUCAAUAUCCUGCUUUUGUCAGCUUCCAGUAAGCAAACCUUCUCUUCAAGGCACAGAUUGCAUCUUGCUGCAGCAGCCGUAUACGCACGGGCACGCUUUAGUAUGCUCCACUUGAUGUUGUAUUGCUUCCCGCUUUUCUUGAGUUUCCACGCAUACUUUGAUAACUCUGUUUCCGCUGAAUACCGAGGAACAGUUAGUGAUUUUUUAUGGUAUACGUGCGUAUACGGCUGGUGCAGCAAGAUGCAAUCUGUGCCUUGAAGAGAAGGUUUGCUUACUGGAAGCUGACAAAAGCAGGAUAUUGAAUAAACGCUCAGAAAUAUUCGCGAAAUGCUGUCAUAGAAAUAGUUUUAGCGCGCGCAAAUUUGAACGCACGCGAGAUGCGUCAGCAAACCGUUAGUUUAUAGCACGUCAUUGAAUCAACUUCAUUCGCCUGAAGAUCGCUUCGAAAGAAGCGUGAAACACAGUGUAGCGACAAAUAUAUUUUAAGAUUAAAGAAUUAUAUAUAUAUAUAUAUAUAUAUAUAUAUAUAUAUAUAUAUAUAUAUAUAUUUAUUUAUCACAUACUUGUACCUUUAUCAGGUAGGAAGCAGCGGGACAUAAAAACGAUAUCGUCCCGGAUAUCGUUUUUUGUCCCGGAUAUCGUUUUUUGUCCCGCUAAAUUUCGCGCCUUGUCAAAACAAAGAUGGCCGACUCGAGGUUCGUGUUGGAGUUUAUCGAAGGAAACAAGAACGAUAAUACAAAAUGAAAGACUUAAAUUGUAUAUUAUUUAUCUGAAUGGUCUAUUUAUUUUCUAAAAUCAUAUUUGUUCAGUAAAUCGGAUGAAUUCAAAACAUUGAAUUCUAAAAUGAUCCUAAUUUUUCAAAACUGUUUACUUUUGGGUGUCAAACCCUGAUAAAGGUACAAGUAUAUAAUAAAUAGGUUAUCGUACUCGGGAUUCGGUUAUAUCAGUUUCAUCGCUCCCGGGACGAUAUCACAAUUGUCCCUCGCUCGCUGCGCUCGCUCGUGACAAUUGUGAUAUCAUCCCUCGAGCGAUAAAACUGAUAUCACCUCAUCCCUUAUAUGAUAACCUAUAUUUAUAUAUAUAUAUAUAUAUAUAUAUAUAUAUAUAUAUAUAUAUAUAUAUAUAUAUAUAUAUAUAUAUAUAUAUAUAUAUAUAUAUAUAUAUAUAUAUAUAUAUAUAUAUAUAUAUAUAUAUAUAUCAAAUUAUAAUUUUUACAAAAUUAUACAGUGUUCUCCGGAUUGUAAUUAUUUGUUUUGAGCUUUCGACUCGGUACUUCGAGCCUUCAUCAGAAAGAUUGAUCAUUUGAAUUUUCGCGCUGUUGUUGACGUUGUUGAAGUCUGUGGGAACGUCUGAUUGGUUGAUGGAAUUCAAUAUGUUGGUUGCCAUUAGUUACUAUCGAAUGCGGGUGAUUAUUGUUAUCAUGAGACGGUGUAGGGAAGGAAGUUGAGGGUGGGUUAAAGGUUAAUGAAGAUGAAUUAGGAGAUUUGUGAGAGCGUUUCAGUUGUAAGUAAAUUGUAGGGAUGUCAAUGUGACGGUUAAAUGUUUGUUUGUCUAAACUAUGCCACGCUUCUUUAAACUCACGGGCAUGUUUAGUAGUUGCUUGUCCUAGGCAUCUCGUUUGAGACCAGUCAAAUUUGUGUCCGUUGUCGUCUGUGUGUUUAGCUGCAAAUAAUUACAAUCCGGAGAACACUGUAUAAUUUUGUAAAAAUUAUAAUUUAAUAAAAUGCCUGGAUUACAAAUCUUCAAAUCUAUUAUAUAUAUAUAUAUAUAUAUAUAUAUAUAUAUAUAUAUAUAUAUAUAUAUAUAUAUAUAUAUAUAUAUAUAUAUAUAUAUAUAUAUAUAUAAUUCGACCUUCGAAUUACUAGAUCGACGCUUUACCUAUACUGAGCCACACGGUCAGACGGAUUUAAGACUGGAAAUUAAAACUUAAACAUACUCGUUACGAGUAUGUUUAUGACAUUCAGUAUAUAUUUCAUAAUUUCUAGUCUUAAAUCCGUCUGACCGUGUAGCACAGUAGGUAGAGCGUCGAUAUAGUAAUUCGAAGGUUGCGGGUUUGAGACCCUGCAGCCGCGGCAGACAACAUCUUUCUGCUUGCGCUGAGUAUGGAAAUUAUAUACACAUUCUACAACAUUUUCAUUUUAAUAUAUAUAUAUAUAUAUAUAUAUAUAUAUAUAAAGGUAGAUAUUUUGUACGUGUUUGUUUCACGAAAGUAUAUAUCGCUGUUUAACUUAUACGAUAUACUUUCGUGAAACAAACACGUACAAAAUAUCUACCUUUAUAUUUGCUCACUCCGGUUUGAGCACUCUAGGCACUACAUUUUUGUGGCACUGAGAUAAUGUAUAAGCCCUUUAGUAAAAAUGAUAAAAUAUAUUAGGUCGUAGGGGGUCCCCGUAGACUGAUACACUACAGAAGAUAUACCGCUACUCGGGUACAGAAACAUGAAACAAACAUGAUAAAUAUCUACCUUUAUAUAUGCAGGGUGUAUCAAAAAAACUGAACAAAUUUGAAAUUGCUCUCAAUUUCGCAAAACACCUAUUUCUAUCUGGUUUUAUAUAUAUAUAUAUAUAUAGCUUCUUUGAGUACUUAUGUAAAAUAAUGAAAAAAAAUUCCCAAACUCAAAUUUUGUGGACCAGAGGCUCUCUCCUCCGCAGAGGCUUUAGUUUUCUUAGGAUUUAGUAUUACGAUGAGAUACAUUUCACUACACUUUACAUGGCGGAUCUUGAAACACGAGCGUAGCCGCUGGGCGAAGGAGCGCAGGCGGCAAAGGGAAAGGCGAAGGAAGGCGCGAAGCCUCUGCACGAUUUGCAUCGCAAAGUGGGACAAAGUGGGACAAAGUGUAAACAUCGAAACAAAAGGUGAUUUUUAAGCUAAACAAGAAACGUCUUUUUGAAAAUUAAAUCAUUAUUUAAUGCAUGAUUGAUUGACCUCAUUGACUAGUGCUUGCAUGUUUGUGGAUGGUCAAAAGUAAUAUUUUUUAACAUUUAAUACACAAAGCAAACAAUCGUAUAUUUUACUCACCGCUUGGCCAAACAUUCUGUAUUUCGUAUCGAGAAAAACUUGAAUAUUUCUUGAACUCUUCGGAAUUCGCCACCAGUCAAAGAAGUAAAAUACUCCUUGUAUUCAAGCGCUUUCGUGUAGAAAAUUUCUUUUGAAUACGGCCAGUAGAAAUAUUUAUUUUUAAUUUUUCAAAAUAUCGGGUUUUUACUCGCACAGUCGCACGCGCCUGUCACACGCUGAUGUUCGGGAAUUAGUUCACAAUCAGACCAGGAAUGGAAAUACCAUAAUAAAAGAUGAAGUUUUCAAGAUACAAGCUCAAAAAUAACACUUUAAGUAGUGUUUUGAAUUCGCUUUCGAACAAGAGUAAUACAAAGAGGAUGCGUCCCAAGGAGCCGAAGUUAUGUUCGCCGAAAGGUAUGCCUAGUUUAUAUUUUUAUCAAGUAUAAACAUUGCGUGAUUUGAUAUUAAUAUACAAAAUCCCGCUUGACUUUCAAAGGUCAUAAAUCGCUAUAGUGUUGACAUUUCACUAAAACUAUCGAUAGAAACUAGGAGAUAUUUUUGUACUGAAUCGAACGGUGGUAUUUUCAUCUACAUAGCGUAUAUUGAACCAAAGAUACGAACCUCCAAAUAAAUCAGGUCGAAACCGACUGAAGGUCGCGUUUGUUUAUAAAUAUUGCUGAAGUUGAAAUAGUUGAAUUGUAUUUUCAGUCUUGAUAAUAAAUUUAAUAAUGGUUCUGUAUGCUAUACAUACUCAUUUUUUUUCUUUUAUGCGGUUUUGGACACAUUUCUAAAAAUACAAAUGUCAAAUAUAAAUUUAAAUAAAAGUUUUCUCAGUCAUUUUGAAUUUGACUUGAAUUUUGCGUUUGAUAAUUAUACCCCCCCCCGGUUUACCGCCAUAUUGGGUGUGGAAUCGUGCAGAGGCUUCGCGCCUUCAUAGCCAAUUAUAAAGCCUCUGCGGAGGAGAGAGGACCAGAGGGGUGUGUCUUUUCCAACAAACUAAAAAUGGCUCGCGCACAAAAUUUAAAGUUGUAAUCAUAUUUUGAGUUUGUGGAAUACCCCAAGUGAAAGGUCUAUAAAUGGUAUAUUAUACCCAACCUUUCAAAAAUAAGUAGAAAACAAAUACCAUUCAAUUAACUUUUAAUUUCAAAACACAACUUUUGAUAACUUUACAUUUAAAAAAGUCGAAUUUCCCGCUCAAGCGUGGUAUUCGAAGUCGAAUACCAUGGCCCCGGGUAAAACACCCAGGGUUCAAAUUGCCUAGGUCAUAGUAUUCGCUGAAAAAUACCAUGGUCAUGUGGUACAAAUUUAGUUCUCUGAUUGGACAAGCUCAUUGUGAGGUAUAAUAUCACCUAAAAUAUUUCGCCAUGUUUUGAUUACUUUACAAGCGUUUGCAGGUGUUACUGUAACACGGGUAAUAUACUGGACAAAGACGUCAAGACAAAGUUAUAAAGUUACAGUUUCCAUUUAUACUGCGGGUGUAGAUAAUAGAUUUAUAAAUACUAAUUGAAGAAACUCGAUAUAUAUAGAAACUUGAUAUUAACUGUGAAUAGUUUUAUAUACAUUUAAGCCCUUCAACCUAUCGCGUUCAUUUGUUGGAAAAAUAUUCAAUAUUUUCUACUUCGACUGCUAUUGAUCAGAAAACUCAAUCUGUUCACAUAUAUGGCCAUUUAAAUACGUAUAUAUUAUUAUUCGAUUAUCGCACGCUCCUUGUUUACACUUUACAGUUGACAUUUAAAAUGGGCGUAUCUAGUGUAUUUGAAUGCUAUUGGCUAAUGAAUAUACAAUGGGAAGGAGAAUUGCUAGCCAAAGUAAGCAGACCGUACGUGGCGGGCCCAAACCCCAGGUCUGCAUAGGAGACUAUGAUUAAGCAUGCGAAAAGCUGAUUUUUUAGAAUAAAAUAAAUAGAUAAAAGGCUUAAACUAAACCAAGUUGUCUGAAAUUUUGUACAGUAAUUAAAAACACUGAAUUAAUUGCCUGCAGUCGUCUUGAAUAAGUCGUGAAACUUGAGUGGCAAUAAUUAAUUUUAAGAUAUAAUAUAUCUUGCUCUGCUAUAGGCCUAAUAUUACUAUUGAGCACUUUACUAUCUACUACAACAAAAUUAUAUAUAUAUAUAUAUAUAUAUAUAUAUAUAUAUAUAUAUAUAUAUAUAUAUAUAUAUAUAUAUAUAUAUAUAUAUAUAUAUAUAUAUAUAUAUAUAUAUAUAUAUUCGGACCUGGUCCAGAUCAAUGGUCCAGACCGUACAAGAACAUUCUUUGAAAAACGGUGUUGUGAAUUAUGUGGAGAAUUAGGUUGUUUACAACUCUAUUUGAACAUUUAAAAACGCAGCAUUUUAAAUUUUUGUACACAAUUUUUGACUAAGAUAAAUUGAUAACCUCAGAUUUUCGGAAGCAAAAGCCGAAAACAGAACUAUUUAAUUUGAAGUGCAGUCUUACUUUCAAUGUGACAAUGGCGGCAAAUAUAUUAAUUAAGUAUCGUGCAUUCUGCAGCAUUUUAAAUGCAGUUCUAAACAGUUUUUUUAUACAUGUAAACAACGUUUUAACACAAACUUAAGUAGAAUAGUUAUUUUAUACAAAAACCAAAUUUUUAAUAUAAGUUUUUUAAACGGGAAAGUGUAAUUUAAGAUUUUCUUCGCUUUCCAUCUUGGCGGGUCCGUACUGCAGGUUACAAACUGCUCACGGAACCAAUAAAAAUGUCGCAUUUUGCAGAUGGAUUGGCUUGCCAUAUAAUAAAACAAGUUUGUUUAAAUAAUGUUUUAUACAUGUGCAUGGCCAUGUUUCUCUGUUCACGUGUUCAUAAUCCUGACCUUUAAACAACAAGAUAUGAAUUCAUAAUUUCUUGUUGUUUUAGGAAGUACUUUAAAAUGCAAUCAGUGUACGGCUAGCUCAAAAACAUCGACACCAAGUUGCAACUCGAAGAGCACAGUCGAUUGUGGCACGGGGUAUUGUUACACAGCAACCUACACCCAGAAGGAUGGCACAACAGUGGUUGACAGAAACUGUAACAACCCUCUGGACAGUUACUGCCCCAACGCAGCAAAAACAUGCGAUGCAAAGACCCAAGCAAAGGGCCUGAAAUCCUGCCGUGGUGCAUGUUGUACCACAGAUAAUUGCAACGAUUACACCCUCGGUAACAGUGCAAGUGGUGUCAUGGUGACCAAGUUCAUUCUCUGUUUCAUGGUGAUUGCUGGAUUUCUUUUCGCUUAA